AUGUCUCCUGGUGACAACAAACAUGGAGACAACUAUGAAGCGUCUCCUGGUGACAACAAACAUGGAGACAACUAUGAAGCGUCUCCUGGUGACAACAAACAUGGAGACAACUAUGAAAUGACUCCUGGUGACAACAAACAUGGAGACAACUAUAAAUGGUCUCCUGGUGACAACAAACAUGGAGACAACUAUGAAAUGACCCCUGGUGACAACAAACAUGGAGACAACUAUGAAGCGUCUCCUGGUGACAACAAACAUAGAGACAACUAUGAAGUGUCUCCUGGUGACAACAAACAUGGAGACAACUAUGACAUGUCUCCUGGUGACAACAAACAUGGAGACAACUAUGAAGUGUCUCCUGGUGACAACAAACAUGGAGACAACUAUGAAGCGUCUCCUGGUGACAACAAACAUGGAGACAACUAUGAAGUGUCUCCUGGUGACAACAAACAUGGAGACAACUAUGAAGUGUCUCCUGGUGACAACAAACAUGGAGACAAGUAUGAAAUGUCUCCUGGUGACAACAAACAUGGAGACAACUAUGAAAUGACUCCUGGUGACAACAAACAUGGAGACAACUAUGAAAUGACUCCUGGUGACAACAAACAUGGAGACAACUAUGAAAUGACUCCUGGUGACAACGAACAUGGAGACAACUAUGAAAUGACUCCUGGUGACAACAAACAUGGAGACAACUAUGAAGCGUCUCCUGGUGACAACAAACAUGGAGACAACUAUGAAAUGACUCCUGGUGACAACAAACAUGGAGACAACUAUGAAAUGACUCCUGGUGACAACAAACAUGGAGACAACUAUGAAAUGUCUCCUGGUGACAACAAACAUGGAGACAACUAUGAAAUGUCUCCUGGUGACAACAAACAUGGAGACAAGUAUGAAAUGACUCCUAGUGACAACAAACAUGGAGACAACUAUGAAUGUCUCCUGGUGACAACAAACAUGGAGACAACUAUAAAUGUCUCCUGGUGA